GGACCUUUUUGUAGGGGAUAACUAAUUCCCAAAUUUCAUAAUCAACGACAAAAUCUCUAACAAAAAACCCCUCGACUACAGUGAGGUACAACAUUGUUCCCGCCGGAGCACCGCCAGUAGCUUUCUCCGGUGCCGGAUAUCCGCCGACUUUGUCGCUAUUGAAGACUGAGAGAUUGUAUGGAAGAAACUCUCGACACCGAGCAAACAACAGACGUAGUACUAUCAUCCUCUGCGGGUCCCCCACAAACCGACGGUCAAAAUGUCAUUCUCGAAGUCGACACUUCCGAAGCAAGUAAAAAAGAAUUCGUCGCUCCAGCUGCGGGAAUGGAAUUCGAGUCCUACGAAGACGCGUACAACUACUACAACUGUUACGCCACAGAAUCAGGCUUCAGCGUGAGGGUGAAAAAUUCGUGGUUCAAACGCAACAGCAGAGAGAAAUACGGCGCCGUACUGUGCUGCAGUAGCCAGGGUUUCAAAAGAGUUAAAGAUGUGAACCGCCUGAGGAAGGAAACUCGAACCGGCUGCCCUGCUAUGAUGAGGAUGAGGUUGGCCGAUUCUAAGAGGUGGCGUGUACUUGAAGCAACCCUCGAGCACAACCACACAUUAGGAGCGGUGAAGAAGAUAGGCAGUGGGCCCCACAGAAAGAUGCUGUUUAAAUCCGAACCCGAAACACCGCCCGUAAAAUUAUACCGUGCUCUUGUCGUAGAUGGUGGGACCCCCUCCGAUUUCAAUCAAACGCUGGCUAAAAGUUCGUCGGAAACUCUGAAUCAAUUGAACUUGAAAAAGGGGGAUACGCAGGCGAUGUACAAUUAUUUGUGCCGUAUGCAGCUUACGAACCCUAAUUUCGUGUACUUGAUGGAUUUAAAUGAGGAGGGGCGUUUAAGGAAUGUGUACUGGGUGGAUGCGAGGGCUAGGGCUGCGAAUGCCUACUUCGGCGACGUUAUUUUCCUCGACUCUGCGUGCCUUUCGAAUAAGUACGAGGUGCCGCUCAUUUCAUUCGUGGGCAUAAAUCACCACGGUCAUUUGAUUUUACUCGGUUGUGGCUUGCUCGCGUGCGAGUCAAUACAGUCGUACGUUUGGCUUUUCAAAGCGUGGCUUUCUUGUAAAUCCGGAAAUCGGAAUCCCCCACAAACUAUUGUCACCGAUAGAUGCAAGAUUUUGCAGGCUGCAAUUUCGGACGUGUUCCCAAAGUCAAAUCAUCGGUUUUCCUUGUCGCACAUAAUGAAAAAAGUUCCGGAAAAAUUGGGUGGAUUGAGAAACUAUGAUGGUAUAAGGAAAGCAAUUGUGAAAGGAGUAUACGAGGCUGUAAAGCCGUUCGAUUUCGAAGCAGCGUGGGCGUUUAUGAUCCAGCAGUUUGGCAUUGCUGAUAACGAGUGGCUGAGAUCGUUGUACGAGGAUCGUGCAAAGUGGGCCCCGGUUUACCUAAAGGACACCUUCUUCUUCGGAAUGGCUGCUGCACGGCCAGGCGAGACACUGAACCCGUUUUUCGAAAAGUACCUGCACAAGCAAACCCCACUGAAAGAAUUUCUCGACAAGUACGAAUUAGCCCUGCAGAAAAAGCACAAUGAGGAGGCGAAUUCGGACAUGGAAUCGAGAAGCUCGAGCAUCGAUUUAAAGACGAGAUGCUCGUUCGAAGUACAGCUGUCGAAAGUGUACACUAGAGGAAUAUUUAAAAGAUUCCAAUUGGAGGUGGAGGAGAUGUACUCGUGUUUCGGCACAAUGCAGGUACACGUAGAUGGGGCGAUCACGAUAUUCUUGGUGAAGGAAAGGGUUCUCUGCGAAGGGAAUAGGAGAGAGAUAAGGGAUUUCGAAGUUCUUUAUAAUCGAGGUGCUGGCGAGGUUCGUUGCAUAUGCAGCUGCUUCAACUUCUACGGGUAUUUGUGCAGGCACGCAUUGUGCGUGCUGAAUUUUAACGGAGUGGAGGAGAUUCCUUCCAAGUAUAUUCUGUCGAGGUGGACGAAAGAUUAUAAGCGGUUGUGUGUCGAGGAAAAUGGGAGUGGUGGUGGUGGUGGUGGUGGCGGCGGUGGCGGCGGUGAUAUUACGGAACGGGGGCGGUGGUUCGAGCAGUUGUACAGAAGUGCAUUGCAGGUGGUGGAGGAGGGGGUGGUUUCAUUGGACCAUUAUAAGGUUGCUUUGCAAAUGUUUGAUGAGUCAUUGGAUAGAGUUCACAAUAUUGAACAAAAAAAUGUGCCUACUCAUCUUUUGUAAUAUGAUCUCUCUCUUUUUCUUACAGUUUUGUAUAUUAUGUGUUUCCUUAAAA